UUUCACAGCGUUACUAAGAGCUAAUUCCGUUCCCGGAGACACGUGCCGAGGAAUGUAUGGCCUUCUUGGCAUGUUAUUUGUCUGACGGACAGAGACAAGGUUUCUUACUUGUGGUCAUACUCCCAUACGUAUUUUGUUUGUAAUAUGCUGCAUAUAGCCGUGGAAAGCGAUGCCUCGCUAACAGCGGAGGAUGAGGUUGGAGCACAGUGUGAAGAAGGGACCGAGCAGCCGCCGCAGCAUGACAAACACCCCGAUGUGGAUGGCGGUUGGGCCUUCGUCGUCCUGGCCGCCAUGUUUGCCUCAUUCUUCAUAAAUUCUGGACUGCUGUCAACAGCUGGGCUCUAUUAUGUGCAGUUGCUGGAGUAUUUUGGCAGGGAUCGAGCUUACACAUCUUGGGUAGGAUCCCUGAUGAAUUCCUUCUUUAUGCUUACAGGUCCACUAAGCUCGCACUGCCUACACAUGUGUGGUACUCAGACCUCCAUGAGGAUUGGCUCCAUCAUCAUGACUGUUGGGUUAUAUAUCUCAGCUUACACUCCAUCAUUGGAGCUUAUGUUCUUCACAUUUGGCAUUGUAGUAGCAUGUGGGAUGAACUUUGUGUACACAGGACAGAUAAGUGCAUUGAACCUGUACUUCCAUAAGUAUCAAUAUAUUGCCACUUCGCUUUCCAUGGUGGGUGUUGGGAUGGGUGUGUUUCUUGUGAAUAUGUGGACAGAAUACAACAUAAAGAAAUAUGGGUGGCGUAUGUCCCUCAUUUGGAAUGCAGGCCUUGGUCUCCAGUUGUAUGUCUUUGGCUCACUUAUCUAUCCUCUGCACUGGCCUCAAGGUGCAGGUAUUGAAAGAGGUCCCUUGGUGUCACCUCAUACAUCCAGCACACCACAUUCUUUGUCUACUGGAAAUAUCUCGUUUGUUGGAGGUAGAGAAGUAAGUGUAUCAACCUUGAAGAUGGCACCUGAGGCAAGCUGUGCAUCCAUUUUUACAAGUGUUCCUGACACCUUACUGGAGUCGACAUGGAAUGCAUUCAAAGACAUUUGUUUUUGGUUGAUCUCCACUGCAUUCUUUUUUGCAAUGCUAUCAACCACCUCCAUUUUUAUCAUAUACAAAGAUUUUAUUAUAUCAAGAGGAUUUGGAGAGCAGUACACCAUCAUGCUCAUUGGAUUUGGUGUUGGUGAUGUUGCAGGAAGGCUGACUAUGGGAAUUGCUCACUCCAGUAAGUUUUUUAACCCAGUGUGGUCAUACUGUGUGUCAUUGUUCCUCACUGGAGUGGUACUUAUGUGCCAUGUGUUCAUCAAGAGCUUGCCCAGCAUGCACAUCUUUGGUACACUCUUUGGAAUGACUUACGGAGCACAGAACGUCCUUGUGGCCAUUGCACCUUUAAAGUUGUUUGGCAAAGACCGGCUUGUGGUGGUGUUUGGUUAUCUGCUAGUCUGGGGUGGAAUAGGAGCACUCAUUGGAGCACCAAUUGCAGGCACCAUUGUGGACAAGACUGGAGGGUAUGGUGGGGUCCUUGGCAUGUCCUUGGGGUGCCACAUUGUAGCUGCCUCACUCAUGAUGCUGUGUGCCCUCAUUGAUGGCAAUGUCCCUGUUGAUGCCAUGAUGGUUAACGUCCAAGAAAUCUGUGAGAACAUGAGGGUGGCUCGGGAGAUGGUGCUAACAUCACAGUAUGAGACAGGAGCUGUGUACUAUCAGGGUGUAGUGCAGCAGAUACAUCGACUGCUGCAGACUAUACAGGAGCCAAACCGCAAGAUAAAGUGGCAGCAGGUACAACAGCAAGUGGCAGCUGAGUAUGAGAAUCUAAAGGAACUGACAAACACAAUUGCCAUGUUCAAGGCUGACACCACUUCCUCGCCUGCCUUCAACGACCGACCUCUUGCCACCAUGCGCAUCUCAUCCUUUGAGGAGCCAACACGGGAUCCUGAUGUCUGGGCUCCCCCCCCUCCACGAGACCCAGAUGUCUGGCCCCCACCCACACCUGCUGACCACAGGUCCUCCCAAGUCAAACCCACCAGGGGGCCACGCCGGCAGGAAGCCAGCAAGUCAACCACUGCAAGCCGUGGUGGUGGCAGCAAGGCUGGGGCAAAGAAGGGUGGGACAGACGCCAAGGGACGAAACAAGGAUGAAAAGGGUGGGAAGGGACGCAAGGAGGCAGAUAAGAAGGAUGAUAAGCAGGGAGGAGGAGCAGAGGACAAUGCUGCCGGUGGUGAAGAGGAGGAGCGGAAGUUUGACCCAAGUGGUUAUGAUCGUGAUCUUGUGGAUAUGCUGGAGAGGGACAUUGUGCAGAAGAAUCCAAGCAUCAGAUGGACUGAUAUUGCUGACUUGCAGGAAGCAAAGAGACUAUUAGAAGAAGCUGUGGUAUUGCCAAUGCUGAUGCCAGACUUCUUCAAGGGCAUCAGGCGGCCAUGGAAAGGUGUGCUGAUGGUGGGGCCACCAGGAACAGGGAAGACAAUGCUGGCCAAGGCUGUGGCUACUGAAUGCAAGACAACCUUCUUCAAUGUGUCGUCAUCCACCCUCACCUCAAAGUACAGAGGAGAGUCAGAGAAGCUUGUGCGGCUGCUGUUCGAAAUGGCACGUUUCUAUGCUCCCAGCACUAUUUUUGUGGAUGAGAUAGAUUCCUUGUGUUCACGGCGAGGGUCGGAGUCUGAACAUGAGGCAUCACGAAGGGUGAAGUCCGAGCUUCUCAUGCAGAUGGACGGCAUACAAGCCAGCGAUUCUGAUGAGCCCAAGGUGGUGAUGGUGUUGGCUGCCACUAACUUCCCCUGGGAUAUUGAUGAGGCUCUCAGACGACGACUAGAAAAGAGAAUUUACAUACCCCUGCCUAAUGAGGAAGGCAGGGAGGCUCUUCUGAACAUCAACCUACGAGAAGUGAAGCUGGACAGUGACAUCAACUUGGCCCAGAUUGCCACAAUGCUUGCUGGUUAUUCGGGAGCUGAUAUCACCAAUGUGUGCAGGGAUGCCUCAAUGAUGUCAAUGCGACGUAAGAUUGCUGGACUCACACCAGACGAGAUCCGAGCACUCCCGAAGGAGGAGCUGGACCUGCCAGUGACUCAGGGUGACUUCCAUGCAGCCAUAGCCAAGUGCAACAAAUCCGUCUCUCAGCAAGAUCUGGACAAAUAUGAGACUUGGAUGAGGGAGUUUGGAUCAACCUAGUUUGUCCUCCCUUCCUCAGGCUCCAUUCUCUUGUCUGUGCUGGUGAAUGAGGGAGUUUGGAUCAACCUAGUCUGCCCUCCCUUUCUCAGACUUCAUUCCUUUCUCUGCUGGUGAAUGAGGGAGUUUGACUCAAUCUAGUUUGUCCUCCCUUCCUCAGGCUUCAGUCUCUUCUCAGUGCUAGCCUUGUCUUCAGAUGGUCUCAAGUUGACCCUCUGUUGAUCCACAUAUAUUUUUGCUUCCACAAACUUCAGAUUUUUCACUGGGGAUCUUAGCUCCUCCCAACCACUGUAAUAUGCUUUGAAACACUUCAGAAAUUUUGGUAAAGAUUUACCCAUGAGAGGAAGUGGCAGUGAAUCAAACCCCUCUUGAUCAUUAUACACAACUCAUUAUAUCAGUCACCAUAACCAUGACCCAGUGGAGGAUGGCUGACCUUGACUCUCCGGCCACGAUUGCUUCAGUAUAUAGAUACGUAUAUACAUGUUUUCCAUGUUAUGCUUAACCAUUUGUAUAUUUCCACCUGUCCCUGUCCUGUCUGUAUUCUUUGUCCGUGCCUUAUUAAGUAUCUCUCUCUCUCUCUCUCUCUCUCUCGCUCUCUCUCUCUCUCUCUCUCUCUCUCUCUCUCUCUCUCUCCUCUCCUCUCUCUCUCUCUCUCUCUCUCUCUCUCUCUCUCUCUCUCUCUCUCUCUCUCUCUCUCUCUCUCUCUCUCUCUCUCUCUCAAUUAUUUCAUUCCACUGUACAUUCCUCCUCCUCCUCCUCCUCCUCCUCCUCCUCCUCCUCCUCCUCCUCCUCCUCCUCCUCCUCCUCUUUCUCUUCAUGUAUAAUUAUUUUUUUAGCAUUGUAGCAUGAUAUGAUGAUAACCAGAUGGCUUUUAUCUCAUUUUAUUAUAAAUAUAUUACUGACCAAAGAAUAGAAAAAUAUUAUAUAUUUAUAAUAAUGAUACUACUACUACUACUACUACUACUACUACUACUACUACUACUACUACUACUACUACUACUACUACUACUACUACUACUACUACUACUACACUUAAACACUACUCAUACAACUACUACUACUGCUGUUGCUACUACCUAAUGUAUAUACCUGGCUGACCAAUUGACAAUAAUAGUCAAGAACCAUUUUCCCUUGAUAUUUUUAAAUCCUGGAAGAGAGGUAGCAGGUGACUUUACAUAUUGUAUUUGGGGUAAAGGAAUAUAAUAGGAUUGUGGAAGGGGAAGGCAUGUAAUCAUAUUGCUCCAAAAUGUGGUGUAACAAGCCAGGGCAAAGGUGCUGUGAUGCUUUCCCUUCUCGUUUGUUGAUCUAUAACAGUUAUAAACCAAUAAAGAUUAAGUUACAUA